AUGGACGCCUCGCGACAAGGAAUCGAAAACUCAGACCUCGAAAAGCUCAACGACAAGGACAAGCAGGAGCUUCGUCAGUUCCUUGCCAACGAGUCGCAAAGAUCGCAGAUUCAGUCCCAAACACAUGCGCUCACCGAGAUCUGCUGGAAAAAGUGUGUCACGGGCUCCAUUCGAGGAUCCAAGCUGGACAAUGGUGAGGAGAAAUGUCUAGCAAACUGCGUCGACAGGUUUUUGGAUGUCAACUUCUUGACCAUGAAGCACCUGAACAGCAUGCGUUCUGGUUAA